AUGCAACAACAAGACAUAAAAGACCACAUUUCAUCUGGCCUGGCUAAACACCGCAACAAAAUGACGAAUGGAGCAGAUUCAAUCACUUCGAACGGUGUCCCUGCAGCUGAGGUGAACGAAAGGGAUAUUGUUGACGAGAUGGCAUCACUGUAUAAGCAAAUAAUAACACAUCUUGGGGAGGAUCCCAAUAGGCAAGGUCUAUUAAAAACACCACAGCGAGUGGCUAAGGCGAUGAUGUUCUUCACAAAAGGUUACAGAGAAAACGUAGCUGAAAUCCUGAACGACGCCAUAUUCGAUGAAGGACAUGACGAGAUUGUGUUGGUGAAGAACAUAGAGAUGUUUUCUCUAUGCGAACACCAUCUGGUACCUUUUAUGGGCAAAGUGCACAUAGGUUAUCUUCCCAACAAUAAGAUUCUUGGGCUCAGCAAACUGGCUCGAAUUGUGGAGGUUUACAGCCGCCGGCUACAGGUUCAAGAACGGCUCACCAAACAGAUAGCUGAGGCUAUCGCAGAGGCACUGCACCCUGCGGGCAUUGGAGUCGUUGUCGAGGCUUGCCAUAUGUGCAUGGUGAUGAGAGGGGUGCAGAAACUGAACAGCAAAACCAUUACCAGUGCCAUGGUAGGAGUCUUUCGCGAUGACCCCAAGACACGGGAAGAAUUCUUAGCUCUGGCGUUAGCAAAAUGA